AUUAAUUAGAUUUUUUUCAAACCACAAGGACCUCAGAGUGAAGCAGCUACAAAUACUGGAGCCUGCUUGCAGAGCUGAUACGUGUGAGGAGCGACAGUUUUCCUAACAGCAUCAUAAAUGGAAUGUUCAAAGGACUGAUAACAUGAGUGUAGGGUUGAAAGUGUGGGCCACUGAAGCAGUUUUCUGUUCCCUUGUUGCACUGUAGUCAUCAAUCAUCAUUGCCAAGAUAGCAGAGCCCUGGACUAGCAUUCUUGCAGCCGCAUCCAUGGACACUAUAAAGAAUGGGGGAUCUCAGCCUGUCUACAGUCGCUGGUCAUACAGACCUUCGAGCUCUGCCAGCUUCUCCUCUAACUCAACAGCAAGUGGCAUCGAAGAUGACAGUGCCAGUCUUAUGCAACAGAAGCUGGAAAAACAGAGGGCACUGCUGGAGCAGAAGCAGCGGAGGAAGCGCCAGGAGCCUCUGAUGGUCCAGCCCAACACCGAGACUCGGCCCCGGCGUUCCAGGACGCGGCGUGGUGAGGAGCAGGCCCCUCUGGUAGAGUCUCUAGUAACUAUCACCAACGAUGUCAUCAUGGAUGGUAUCGAUGGCCCAGCAGCUUUUUUGGGCUCAGAAGCCCCUCAUCUGGGAAUGAAAAUCCUGUCCGCGAGCCAGUCUCAGCCCCAGUCUCAGUUCCAGUCACAGCCUCAGUCUCAGUUCCAGUCACAGCCUCAGUCUCAGCACCAGUCCCCUGUCGCUGAGGAGCCUGAGAGAGAUGGAGACACUGAGACGCUGCUAGAGCCUAAGACAGAUAUCCAUGAACUACUGCAGAAACAAGGUCUGUCUGGCAGCAUGAACUUCGAUGAAGCCAGCGAGCAUGAGGACGAUGUGGAGGAAAAACGGACACGUUCUCUGUCUCCUAACGCAGACACCACCAGACCUUCCUCUGCCGCCAGUGGCAAGGACAUUCCAGAGGUGGCACCCCCCGGAUCACCCACAGCAGAGGGCUCACUAAUUGAUGUGGCCAAUCUAGAGGAGUUUGUUUUGCGUCCGGCUCCACGUGGCGUCACUGUUAAAUGUCGAAUCACCCGGGACAAGAAGGGCAUGGACCGCGGCCUCUACCCCACCUACUUCAUGCACAUGGAGAGAGAGGAUGGCAAGCGAGUGUUUAUGCUGGCAGGAAGAAAGAGAAAGAAGAGUAAGACCUCCAACUACCUUAUUUCAGUGGAUGCCACUGAUCUGUCGCGAGAGGGAGAGAGCUUCAUAGGUAAACUGAGGUCCAACCUCAUGGGCACCAAAUUCACAGUGUAUGACAACGGCACCAAUCCCUGCAAAAACCCCGGGACACUGCUGGAAGAGAGCAACACACGACAGGAAGUGGCUGCCAUCUGCUACGAGACCAACGUGCUGGGAUUCAAAGGACCACGUAAGAUGACUGUAAUCAUCCCGGGCAUGAACAUGAACUUUGAAAGAGUCCCUGUAAGGCCUCAAAAUGAGCAGGAGAGCCUCCUGAGCAGGUGGCAGAAUCACUCACUGGACAACCUGAUUGAGUUGCACAACAAGGCCCCCGUUUGGAACGAUGACACCCAGUCUUAUGUGCUAAACUUCCAUGGCCGCGUCACUCAGGCUUCAGUCAAAAACUUUCAAAUAGUUCACGAUAACGACCCUGACUACAUCGUCAUGCAGUUUGGCAGAGUGGCUGAAGACAUCUUCACUCUGGACUACAACUACCCCAUGUGUGCUCUGCAGGCUUUUGCCAUUGGCCUGUCGAGCUUUGACAGCAAGUUGGCCUGUGAAUGAACCAACAGUUUUACCACACCACCACCUUUUCUGUCCUCCCUCAAAUCUCGUUUUUACGGGAUUGUUUGGAAACGGACAGCUACGCUGCUUACAUCAUCAGGAACCAGUUCACGCAGAAGUCAAAUACGAAACUGAAAAAGAGAGCAGGAGGGCACUGAUGGCAUAUGUUGGUGCUCCAACAAACCUCCUGGUUCCUGUGUGCAAGUUUUUUUUUUUUUUUUUUUUUUGUAACAUGUUAGCAGGACUAUUUCAAUAUCAGUUUAACCAUUUUGUACAGUGUAUAUGUACAAAUGUAUUCAAACUAAAAGGGAAAAGGCAAAGCAAAUCACACUACUCUCAUCUGUGCUGGAGAUGGGUGCAAAAAGAACUGAUAAAUAAAUGACUCAUUGUUUGAA